CCACUGCCCGGCCUGACCGACGCCGCCAAGGCCCGUUAACGAGCAUCGUCCGAUACCCGAAUGGACCCCCGCCAGACGCUCACCUGUCGUCCCCCAAGUCUCCAGUCCUUCUUUAAUUGACGUCCUCCCCCGGCGCAUCGGACGGCCUGCGAGUGCCUGUGACGAACUGCACGGCCGGCCACCUGGCUCAUAUGAGACGGCGUUCCUCCAGAGCCCUGGAGCCCAAGACCUCUGAUUCAUCCAUCCACUAUCCAAUCACUAGUACAUAUACAUAAACACCAAUUGGUGUCCCGCGGCCGGUACCUGGAACCUGGACCUGGAUCUGUUCUGUCCCUAUGCCUGUCUUGUGGUGUCCUGGAUGCUGAAAGCACAUUGCACAUUAGCGAGAUUGUCCCAGUCUCGCUUCAAGAACUAAAGAAAGAAACGAGCAAGGAAGCCAAUUCUGGAACAACACAACAAACCCGCCCACGCACCCCCCCUUUUGGCGGUCAAAGAUACCACAAGCAAGGAGCCAAACAGCUGGAGCCGCCAAAGCUCCUUCUUUUGUGGCCCAAUAUCAAAAACACGAAGCCAAAACGGAUACCCAAUAUCCCUUAUUACAUAUCGCUGUCAUUACUGUCGCCCGCUUCCCGUGCUGCCUCCGUUACCGCCGUUACAACCCCCCCUUCAAGCCCUAGUCUCCCCCCCCCAAGUCCCAACUCUCCCGCCGCUGAACUACUGGCUGGACUGGACUGGUGGAGGCACCGAUACCGUCAUCGUGGAUGGGCCUGAUCGGACGGGGUUCGCUGGGAACCACGAUGCCGGUCUCCAUAUUUCCAGUGGAUUCGAGGCGCAGGAGGAAAUCCCUCCUGUUACCAUUAAAGACCGACUCGGAUGGGUCUGGAUCGAACCGUUCCGCGGCCAGCCCUGUCGCCACUAUCCCGAGUUCACCGGCCAGUUCUUCCUCCGUCACCGUCGAGGGGGACCACAAGCUGUUCUCCCUUUCCAACCUCAGCCACAGGACAAAAAGGUCUCACAGCAGCCGGGACUCGUCCGUAUUCGAGUACAGCGUCACCGGCCCUGCCCCCGGCAACAACAAUAACAACAACAAUAACAAGAACAACAACAAUAACAACCAUCAUAGCAACAGCACCAGCAGCAACAGCAGCGCCAACCAUAACCCGCGACCCUUGAGCUUCUCACAUCGGCGCAAACUGUCAAAGUCACGGCCUGUCUCGGCCCCCUUCGAGGUGAUGAAUCGCCGAAGCUCCGGCUUCUCGGACGACUAUAGUCGCAUGUCAGUCGCCGACACUCUAAGCACAUGCACAACAACUCCGGCCGCUAUCGAAUGGAAGUCCCAGGAUGUCGAGGGCUUUUCGGCUCUCGAGACCGACACCAAACUCUUAACGACAAAGACGCCUUACCUUGUCGUCACCGCAGAUUAUCUCGUCAAGGUUAAGAACCGCGCCGAUGUCUUCUCCCUGUUCCCUCAGCUUCAGAGCGAUGGCCAACGACCAGCGAGCUUGGGCCCCCCGCCAGAACCUGUCCUCGUCAUCCCGACUACCUCGAUUGUAUCCGUAUUUGUGGCCGAGAGCACCAAACCGUCCUUUGGUCUAGAAGUAUGGUGGAAGGCACAAUCCGGGGUCUCCUUCCUUCAUACCACCUUCUACUUUGACCUUCCUACCGACAGAGAUGAGCAACUAUACAAUGUUGUUCAGACGAUCCGAGGGCCCCAUAUCGAGGACGAGGAUUUUGCGCGUCGCUCGGUCGAGGUAUCCGAGCUCAUCAGGACGAUUCAAGAAACCGAGGAGCCCAAGUUUAUCAACCAUAAUCUGCAAAUAUUUCCCGUAGUACCACGAGGCAUCACCCGAAAGGAGUCUGGCUUCAAGCAAGAGGAUGACCCCAAGAAGCCACAGGAAAGCCCCGCUUUCUACCUGGUCAUUGGACCUCAUCUCUGUUAUUUUAUUGAGCUGCAGAGGGGCAAGAACGGCGACCUGGUUUGCAAGCACAAGACUUUUGGUCUAGUAACUCUGGAACUCUUCAAGGCCGACUGGACCAUCCACCAAGAAAGAUUCAACAUCACCUUCCGGGAUCCAUUCCAACCACCAGUCACGCUGGAACUCGCGAGUCGCUAUUACCGCCACAUCAUUCGCGACUUUUGUGCUGUCGACCGCUUUCUGAAGCCCGCAUGGCCGCAAAUCUGGCAGAGCCGUGAGAUCUUCCACGUUACUGGACUCAAGGAGACACAUCUCGUUACCGCUGGCGAGGACUUUGGAAGCGUCAAGAGAACCCUGGAUGCCUAUCUAGCAGCAUACCGAUGCCCCGCGGUCGAUUGGGAAAUCAACUGGAAGACCAAGUUCGCCCCCGAGUUUCGCCUACUGCCCGCCAAGGAUGGAAACAGCUACUCACCACUUCAACUGCUGGCUGUCUUGCGCGCCUUGAGAUACAAUGACUACUUCAACUCGCUGUCGUUCCGUGAUGUCGACCUGGGUGUGCUGUGGAGCGUGAGCGAUCAGCAUGCGAGACGGGGAAAUGUUGCCUGGCUGAGCCGGACUUUGGUUGCACUGGGGACUGAGGAAAUCGAGAUCCUCAAUAUCAGCCCUGUAUUGCACCAGGAAUUCCAUGCGCUUGCCUUUUGCUCGGAAAACAUUCGCCAGAUCGACUUCACCAAUGCUUCCAAGUCUUAUCCCAACAAGGUCUCAACGAGCGGACAAGAUACGCCCAGCCUUCAGUUCCUCACGCCCGUUCUAGAGCUGCUCAAGGCCGGCAUCACACGAUGCAAUCGUCUGAUUCUUGCCGGUAACCUGCUGCUGCAACCCGAUCUUGCUGAGCUGGCUGUGGCACUGAAAGCUGCCCCUAUUCAGGCGCUGGAUGUUUCCUAUUGUGGCUUGGAUGACAUGAGUCUGCGAGACUUGAUCAUCACACCCCUUCUGGAUGGACCUCGGAUGGUGCAGCUCCUGGAUUUGUCCGGCAACCCCGGGCGCGUGGCGUGUCAAACCGUUCCUGAUCUGCUAUACAGUCUUUCGGAUCUGAGGGAGCUGAACCUUGCUGGUAGCCUUCGGGGAGAAAUGGCUGGACCAUUGCUCCCCAUCGAGGCACUUGAGAAUCUCCCGGGCCUGGAACUACUUGAUGUUUCGAACUAUGCGCUCAAUCUCCCUACUUUGCGCGAGAUUGAAGAGUUUCUGACAUUGAGAGGUUCCAAAAUUGACAACCAGGUUCCUGUGCGAUUCCGCAAAUUGGUACUGAACCGAUGCGCCAUCACUGGAACUAAAGCCGCCAGACUAUUCAACGCCAUUGGCGUGAACCACGGACUUUAUCUCUGUCUCAACGGCAACCCUGUCGAGGAGGGAAUCGAUGCUUUGUGCGAUGCCAUUCGUCAAUCACAGACCCCGGCCGGUUUGAGCAUGGAGAUGAUUGAGUUUCGGGAAGAAAGUCACUACCUGUCAUUGAUCAAAGCGCUCACAGACACCAGAUAUAUCACCUCGUUGAGCCUUCUCGGAACUGCGCCCUCAACCCCGUCUCAAGGUACCUGCAGUCGCGAAGCCAUUCGGGUAUUCGAGCGUUUCUUCGCCGAAAACAGGUCGAUCCGUUAUCUGGACAUCUCCGGCUUCAGCGGUAAACUCGACGAUGGACAGCUCGCCAAGGGAUUCGGUCGGUCCCUUAUCGGUUUGACGCGCAACAAGACUCUGACCUACCUCAGAAUCCGGAACCAGAACCUACAUGAGGACGCAGGAAUUUUGGGCAAGGUGAUCAGUGAAAACAGACAGUUGAUGCUGUUUGACUGCCAGGAUAACAAAUUCAACUGCACCAGUUUCCAAUUCCUGGCACAGAGCAUGCGGACGAACACCCAGAUCAUCGAGUUCCCCGUGGAGAGGAGGGAGAGGGACGCCAUCUGGAAGAACACCCUACAGGGCUUGAACAGAGGUCCUUAUGGUCAGAUAUUGACCAGCACCACGGGAACUGGUACGGUACCCACCAAGGGCAAAAAGGGGAAGAAGCACGAGAGCCACAAGUCUUUGUCCUUGAGCAAAGCGACGCAACAUGCCGCGGCCAACGGCAGCAGCAACCUGAAGGAUCCACUGAAGGAGCAGGAGAUCAUGCUUCGUACCGUGCUGACACGACUCUUCGAUGAGCUCGACGGCUAUCUCAGACGGAACCGCCAUGCGCUCGAGGAAGCUUCCGGACAAGCGCUCGACUUUGAUGGUCUUGCUUCUGACGGCCAGGAGGAGGUCUGGCCCGGUUCGCCUGUGGUCGUGGACGUUGAGAGUCCCCUCGACAACACGGGUAGAAACGCAGGAGAUAUGUCCCCUACCGAACAAGCAGCGGGAGGCCAAGGAGGACUGGCACCAGACACCGCAGCGAUGCUCAAAGCACGUCGGGCAACUGUCCGCUCGUCUAUGAUCGCUUCCGGCAAAUAUAACAUCGGAGCCUAUCCCCCACCGCCCAGCCUGCCGCCACCCCCGAUUCCAUCCUUUUCGCUCUUCCCGGACAUCAGCGAAACUACUCUCGAUCCCGUGACCGAAGUUGACACACCCGUAUUUGAGUUCCAGCGUGAACUGGGGCUGACCGCCGAGCCCGCCAUUAACGGCAGCGGUGACGCAAACCCCAUUCUCACAAACGAGAUCAGCCGUAACAGCGGCAUCUAUGCCAACGGCACCGGCUACGGAAGCAGCGUAAACCUAAGCCACCACAGCGCCAGCAGCAGCCGUAGCGAGGACAUCAGUCCCAUGACGAUGUCGGCCACGCCUAGCCCGCCCGCCACUGCGCCGCCGCCAAUUCCGAGAGUUCCAGUCCCUAGCAGGAAUAGCUCGUUCACGCCGCCGUCUCCGCCGACUAUGGCCGGCAACAGCGGAUACCUAAGCCACCACAGCGCCAGCAGCAGCCGCAGCGAGGACAUUAGCCCCAUGACGAUGCCGGCCACGCCUAGUCCGCCCGCCACUGCGCCGCCGGCGAUUCCCAGGGUUCCGGUCUCUAGUAGAAAUAGUUCUUUCAUGCCGCCGGCGCCACCUACUAUGGCUCCGCCACCACCGCCUAGGCCUGUGUCGAGUUCUACGUUGGCAUCCGCAUCAGCACCGGAUGUACUGGAGUCGACGGCCGCCAACAAGAGGGGAGGCAUUAUUGGUGUGAAUGAAGAAGAUUCCGCUCUUGUCAAGCUGCUCAGGGAUUUUAAAGCUACUGGCUUUGCCUGAUCUGUUCACAUCUUCACAUCCACCAACAUCUACCCAUGAUAAUCCGCGCAAUUUUGCGGAACUGGAUGGUUCUCAAGUUGCAUAAUAAGCGGAUUACAAUAAAGAAACACCAAAUUACUGUUCCUGGUGUGGGAGUCGGACAGUCACUGUACAUACCAAAAAACACACCACCAUUUCAUUUUCACAUACACAUCAUUGGCAGGGGAGUGAGCGUCGCUGAGACCCACGAGGGAAAUUGCUCCGUCGAGUUUUCCUACUAUAUCUUUUACUACUACUACUACCACUACUACGACUACUACUGCAGUGUGUUUUUGAUACCCCAUACAUACAUACAUACUUACAUACAUACAUACAUACAUAUACAUAUAUAUAUAUAUAUAUAUAUAUAUAUUGUACAGGCUAAGCAGGCAGACUAAUUGAGCAAGCGAGCGGGUGGAUGAGCACCCUGUGGAAGGGAUGGUAGAAGGGAACAAGUGGGGUUUGAUUCAGCGUGGUUGGAUAACAGUUCUCCUUGGAAGGAAAAGGAAGUGGGGAAAAAGAAGGCUGUAUAUACAGAAGACGUACGAUGAAAUUGGUGGCUAGGGUGCGUAUGUGGAGCGUAUAUGGAGGAUAAAGAAGGAUGGAAAGAAAGCAAGAAAGGGAACUGAUUGAAAAGAAAGGCAUUAUUGAAAAGGUCGACUGGUCGGUCGGUCGGCUAAUGGGGUAUGGCAAGGCAUAGUCGGUGGGUCGGUUAGGACGGCAUGCAUUGUAUGUGGUUGAGUUAAAGGUAUCAUAUGGAUUGGAAAGGGACGGAAGGAAGGUUAUCUCCAGGAUAGGAUAGGAUAGGAGUACUAGGAUAAAGGAUACAGGAAAUGUGAUACUGGAUAACAUGCUCG